AAAGGAAAACCUUUGAGCAUUCAAAAUCAUUAUAAGUUGACCCAGAAGACUAAUGAAUCAAAUUAACUUCUUAUUCUUCUGCCUUUUCAAUUCUCAUUUCAUCUAAAUUUUUGGCUUCACCUGCUGCUUUUCUUAUGAAUUUGGGAGCAAUAUCGUUGAGCAAAGAGAAAUCCCCUAGAAGAAGCAAAUUUUUUGAUCUGGAUUUGAAGAAGAAGAAGAAGGAGAAGUUGAUGGAGGAGAGAAAAUCAUCCUCUGUUUCAGAUGUCGGAGCUUGGAGUAUGAACAUUAUCAGCUCAGUGGGGAUUAUUAUGGCUAACAAGCAACUCAUGUCUCAAACUGGCUUUGCCUUUUCCUUUGCUACAACUUUAACUGGAUUUCACUUUUCUGUAACUGCAUUGAUUGGUUGGAUUUCAAAUGCCACUGGCUAUUCUGAAUCCAAGUCUAUUCCCUUCUGGGAGCUCUUUUGGUUCUCGAUUAUCGCCAACACGUCGAUAGCAGCCAUGAACUUCAGCCUCAUGUUAAACUCUGUUGGAUUCUAUCAGAUAUCAAAGCUGAGCAUGAUACCAGUGGUUUGUGUACUGGAGUGGAUUCUUCAUGGAAAACAAUACUCAAGGGAAGUGAAGAUGGCCGUUACUGUGGUCGUUGUCGGUGUCGGAGUCUGUACCGUGACUGAUGUCAAAGUUAAUGCCAAAGGCUUUCUUUGUGCCUUGGUAGCAAUCUUAUGCACAUCACUACAACAAAUUUCAAUAGGUUCAUUACAGAAGAAGUACUCAAUAGGUUCCUUUGAAUUAUUAAGCAAAACAGCUCCCAUACAAGCACUUUCCCUUCUAACAGUUGGUCCGUUCAUUGACUAUUGCCUUACUAGCAAAUCUCUACUGAAAUACAACUACACUUUUGGUGCAUUUUGUUUCAUAUUAUUGUCAUGCUCCCUAGCUGUGUUCUGCAACAUCAGUCAAUAUCUGUGCAUCGGGCGCUUCUCGGCCGUAUCAUUCCAGGUUUUAGGCCAUAUGAAAACGGUAUGCGUGCUGAUGUUGGGAUGGCUUCUCUUUGAUUCAGAGAUGACAUUGAAGAACAUAUCAGGGAUGGUUCUUGCUAUUGUUGGGAUGGUGGUGUAUAGCUGGGCAGUUGAAAUUGAGAAAAAAGCCAAUGCAAUGGCCAUCCCUCAGAUAAAGAGCCAACUUUCUGAUGAGGAGUUGAUGCUGUUGAAGGAGGGGAUGGAGAAUAGUAGUUUGAGAGAUGAAGAGCUUGGUCAAGUCCCAAAAUCAUAAGAAUCAGUUCUUUUUGUUUUUUCCCUUUCUUUUUGAUCUUCCAUUUUUUACCCACCAAUGUGGAUAUUAAGGUCCCCUAAAUGGUUAUUCUAGAAGGUUGACUUGAUUUAUAGAUAUUGAGAUUGUAACAUUUGUGUUUGAAUAAAAGUAUUUGAAAUUGUUGUGCAA